AUGGAUCAAUGGUUGAUGGACAUGUUCUGCUUCUGCCGGGAAGACUCGCGCGGCGUAAGCAUGAAAGCGACUGAAGCUGCUCCAGAUAUGAGAAGCCGGAGGUUUGAGCUAGAAGGACCGCAUAGCAGCACGACAAGGCAAGGAUCUCAAAGAUCCUUCGCCCUUCAUAGUCGCUCGCGCUCCCUGCCUGAUGCCUACUCGGAGCUUUACCAUUUCGUCAAGAAUUCUUCUCACGCAGCUGUAGAGCAGGAGGAAGAGGAGGAAGAAGAGGAGCUGCCGGCGAUGAGCGUCAAGGAAGACGGUCAAGUGGAGUCAAGAGGUGUGAGACGAGAAGCGCUCAUCAGCAAGCUGUUGGAGCAAGGGAUGCAGGAGCUGCAGGAGGUGAGGAGGAUCAAGAAGCAACAGCACGAGGCAUUGUCAGCCCUUAAGGACCCCCAGCUGGUGAAAGGAGAGGAGCUGAAGCAACUUGAGGAGGCGAGGAUUCGUCGACAUGCUGUAUUCAGGCAGAAGUUUUUACACAAGCAGAGCGAUAUGAAGGACAAGGAGAAGGCCGGCAACGUCGACAUCCGUGUUGGGCCCCACAAGAAUCCGAGGAAAAAGGAGGAUGCGGCGCCUCCCAUCUCCCUGUCCUCAGACAGCAAGGAGCCAAGACUUUGCAAAGUUGGAUGUCAGUGCAUCGCAUGCGAGCAUGAAGUGAAAGGCUACAUGAAACGGCAGUUUCGCAAGAUGAGCGCUCAGCUCUGA